AUGUCCUGGGACGUCUUCUCGCUGCCCAGCGUCCCCUUCAUGGCCCUCGCUGAUGUCCGCAGAGCCUGCCUUUGUGCCGUCCUCUGUAGCCUUGUUCUUCUAGCAACUGACCGUCAGUCGUGUCAGAUGGACGGGGUUUGGCUUCACAACCCUGUGAAUAAAGGAGAAACUCUCAAGUCAGAAUCGAAAGAGGAAAAUCCCAACUGCAAGUCUGUCGGGAAGCAACAAACUGCUUCUCUGACCUGCCAGGAUCACCUGAAGAUGAAGGGAGAAGCUAGAAGAAUGCAACGGAAUGAGAAGGCAAAGCAGGAGGGACACAUCUGGGGCUCCAUGAGGAGGACAGCUUUCAUCCUGGCCUCUCCUUCUCUUGCUUGUGGCCUUCUCUUGCUUGUGGCCUUCUGGAACACAGUCACAUGGCAUCUUCAGAGAUUUGGGGGCACUUCUGGCUAUUUUUGGCAAGUCCAGUGGGAGAGGCUGCUGUCAAGAUUCGAAGGGAAGGAGUGGACCCUCUACAUUACAGGUGUCACCCAAGUACCGAGCCUGGUCUUCUGGAGCUUCAAUGGGCUCCUCCUGGUGGUUGACACAACCGGAAAACCUAACUUCAUCUCCCGCUACCGAAUUCAGGUUGGCAAGAAUGAACCAGUGGACACCGAGAAACUACGCCAGUCUAUCCGCACAGUUCUCUUCAACCAGGUCGUGAUCUCUUUGCCCAUGCUGGUCUUCCUCUAUCCCAUCCUCAAGCUGUGGGGAGACCCCUGCCACCGAGAGCUACCCACCUUCCACUGGUUCCUCCUGGAGCUGGUUAUCUUCACUCUGAUUGAGGAAGUCCUGUUCUACUACACACACCGGCUCCUUCACCACCCAACAUUCUACAAGAAAAUCCACAAGAAACACGAGUGGACAGCUCCCAUUGGCCUGGUCUCUUUCUACAGCCACCCUAUUGAUCAUGUGGCCUCCAACAUGCUGCUGCUGAUGGUGGGUCCCAUAGUAAUGGGCUCCCACUUGUCCUCUAUCACCAUGUGGUUCUCCUUCGCCCUCAUCAUCACCACCAUUUCCCACUCUGGCUACCACCUACCUUUCCUGCCUUCAACUGAAUUCCAUGACUACCACCAUCUUGAGUUCAGCCAGUGCUAUCGGUUGCUGGGGGUGCUGGACCACCUCCAUGGGACUGACACGGUGUUUAAGCAGACCAAGGCCUAUGAGAGAGACAUCCUCCUGCUGCGCUUCACUCCACUGUCUGAGCGCAUCCCGGAUGCCCCGAAGAUGGAGUGAGAGGGGCGCCUGGGUGGCUCAGUGUUAAGUGUCUGCCUUCGGCUCAGGUCAUGGUCCCAGGGUCCUGGGAUCGAGCCCCGCAUAGGGCUCGCUGCUCAGCGGGGAGUCUGCUUCUCCCUCUGACCCUCCCCCACUCAUGCUCUCUCUCAUUCUUUCUCUCUCAAAUAAAUAAAAUCUUAAAAAAAAAAAAAA